CAGAUGUCAGUCACAGGCGAAAUGUCGGUGGUUGAGAGACUUCAGUACCUUCUCGACACCGGGCAGUUUGCUGACGUGAACAUCAGGGUUGGACAAGGGAAUAACGUCGUGGUUUUCAAGGCUCACCGGUUGUUACUCGCAACAGCCAGUCAGCCUCUGUACAGGUUGGUGUACGCUGUCAACCCCCAUCCGAGUCCCACUGAAGUCACCACCAUCCGAGUCCACGACAUGCUGCCAAAGGACUUCGAACCUAUCCUGAAGUACAUUUACACAGACAGCGUCGAUUGUUCGGACAUCAAAGUAGCGUUCGAACUGCUUCGCGCGAGCAAGCGGUGGGGACUCGCCGGCCUCGGGAUCAAGAGUCUCAAUUAUCUCGAAGGCUUCAUCGACGACUUCGAACCCUCCACCGAAGAGAUGAAGACCAACCUGUUCGACCUGCUGGUGCUGUCCGAGAAGAGCUUGAACGACAUGUGCGACAAGUGCUGGCAGAUCAUCUCCAAACACGCCAACGAGAUCAUCCCCUGCGAGGGUUUUCUGAGGCUCGAGCGUGACAUCAUCCGGAAGAUGUUGAUGCAGAAGGACCUCAAGUUCGACGACCAGCUGAAGCUCUUCGAGGCCAUACGCGACUGGGGUCUCCGCUACGUCAGGGAGAAGGGCCUCAAGAUGACCCAACUUGGGGACGUCGUCGAGGACCUCAUUAAAGUGGUGGACUUCGACAAGAUCUCCGACAGGGACUUCGUCAACACCGUCUUGACCUCGGAGUGUCUCGGGAAAGCCGAGGUCAUCGCCUUCUUCAUGACCCACGGCCUCGAGAUUCCCCGGAACCUCGAUUUCAACAACAACAAACAGCUUCCAUUCUGGUUGUGGUUUUGUGCAACCUCUGACCCCGAGUUGAAGGAGAGAAGGGGUUCCAAGGGGAGUCCUGCCACCACCCACAAGGACAAGAAGGCGACUCACAACCACCUCACGCCCGUAGCCGAGACCGUGAACAAAAUAACCUCUCUUACACAGAACGGCUCUUUGCUCGAGUUCAACAAAGUCUGCAGGUUCCGGAAAGGUUACAGGUGUCCGCAGAAGGAGAUCUACCAGUCCCACGAACUGAGGUUCCGCGUGGACAAGAACAUCAAGCUCUUGGGCGUCGGUUUUGGUUUUCUGUUCAGCAGCACAGACAUGGGCGUGACAGUCCAUUGUCAAGGUCCUUGGGAGACGCGUCAGUGGACAGAUAUAGAGAAGACAUACUGCCGUGUAUCCGGGGAGAAACAAGAGACAGCAGAUGUGCGUCUGAUGUUCUCCACACCCGUCAGAAUCGAAGCAAAUCAAUGUUAUAAGGUUAUGGUGAAGAUUGGACGGAUGAGCUCUGGCAGCUCGGAUGUGGAGCUCUGGGGUGGCACAGGUGGAAUGCACUAUGUGGAAACAGAGGAUGCGGAGUUCUUCUUUAUAAAAGCAGCAGUAGACCCCAACAAGAGAGUCGAGGAGAGCGAAGGAGACGUCAAGCCUGGUGUGAUAACUGAGCUCCUUUACCAACUGGACACUGGCGAAGAGGAGAAGCCGGUGGAGAGACGUCGCCGUCCGCAGCCGCAGGAGGAAGAACAGGAGGCCCAACCAGUGGAGACGACCGGCCGACGUCGACGACCAGAAACCCUCAAGGUGCCUGAGAUACCCUAUGCCCGUAAGCGUUCGCCUCCGUCUGGCGCCAAGUCCCCUGAUGCACCUCCGGCUACCAGGCGUCGGGAGGGUGUUGUCAGUUAUGAGACUUCGCCGUCCUACAGCAGCAGAAGGACAUCUAUGGAGGAAUACAAGCCUGAGAGCUUCUCUACGAACAGGUGGAGAACCAGGAGUAGAGAAGAGGACUCGGACACGAAGAAGUCCUAUGACACUUCGACUAAGAUUGAAGAAUACAAGCCCUCCAGUUUCUCUACCAACCGGUGGAGAACAAGAUCCAAACCAGAGGAUUCUGAGAUCAAGAAAACAGAAGACACCGAAAGAAAGGCUUCUGUUGAAGAAUAUAUGCCUACUAGUUUCUCAACCAAUAGGUGGCGAGUGCGGCCCAAGCCAGAGGAUUCGGAAACCAAGAAGACUGAAGAAAGGAAGACCUCUACGGAUGAAUACAAACCUGAUAGCUUUUCCACUAACAGAUGGCGUUCUCGACGAACUGAAGACGAUGCUUCUAAAACAACACAAGACACCAGUAGCAGUAAGGCCACAACAGAUGAAUACAAACCACAAAGCUUUGUCACUAACAGAUGGAGAACGAGAGCGACCCAGCCAGAGGAGCCGAAGGAUACAGUCUUUGGAAACAAAGUAUUCUCAGGCACUGCCACUACGGAGAGGACGUCCCACCCAUUCAUGAGGCGUCGAGAAUCGGAGACCAAGACCACGGAGAUCCCCUUCUACCUCAGGAAGCAGUCAACCGAAGACAAUCGUUCGGCUCUUUCGAAAAACAGGUGGGCGACAACUGCUGACGACCGACACUCGAGGGACACGACGACCCGAAGUCUGUAUUCCCGGGAUAAGGACACUAGUAGCGUCUCCUCCUCUCUGCCUCGUCCAAGUGAUUCUUUGAGUCUAAGGAGUCGCGACCUGUCCUCAAGUCGUUUCGGAUCCACCAGAGACUCUUCCUUGUCCCGUGUGAGGGAUUCCUCACUGUCUCGCACAAGCACAAGAGAACCCUCUCUGUCACGCAUCAGAGAUCCGACGACCUCUCGUUUUGGCAGCACCUACAGCAGCAGUUUCAGUAGGUACGAUUCUCCUUCUACACAAGCAGGCAGGACUGAUGUUAGCAGCAGCAGUACAGGGAGCAGGUACAGCCAGACCGCUGACACCAGCAAGAAUAAUGCGCUGAGUAGGUAUGGUCUAGAUUCUCCAGCGUCAGGAGGACUGGUGGAGAAAAAAUAUGGUAGUAGGUAUGGAACAUCUACCAUUCGGCCAUACACCGGUGCUAGUAGUGCCGGUAGGCUGACUUCAUCCUCCUUGGCUCAUGGCUCUGACUCUGGUCCCACGAGCAGAGGUAGCAGGUAUGGCACAGCUUCAACAGGUAGUUCUGACACCAGUGCCGGGAGUAGGUAUGGCUUAUCAUCUACUUCUGGUGACAAAUAUGGCACAUCUUCGUUACAAAGUAGAUCGGAUACGAGUAGCAAAGGCACCGGAAGUAAAUAUGGCAUUUCCGGUGCGAGUGAUACUAGUAAGAGUAGCCCUAGUUCUAGAUAUGGCAGUUCCACCAGCACAGGAACCCGCGACGCUGGAAGAACUGGGCUUGGUUCAUCGCUGAGCUCUUACGGCAGUUCUGGCAGCGGAACGUCCACAACGGGCAGCAGGUUUGGCUCGACCUAUGGCACGGGGUCGACCUCUGCGCCACCUACCAGGCUAGCCGGCGGCAGCAGACUGCUUUCGUACAGUAGCGGUGGCAACAAAGGCACCAACAAUAGCGAAAACUGCAGUAGAUUCUGUAGUCACUAGCUUAGCGUAGAUCAGUGGUCUUCCUGCAUGAUACGACCACAUUUCUGACUUGUGUGGACGUCUUUUGGAAAGUUAACACGUACAAGAGAGACAAGGAUAAGCUAAAAAGAGGAAUUUGUAGGAAAUAGGAUUAUUUUCCCCCUCUGUUUUAGUGAACGCUAACGCCAUCUUUCGGCAUGUCAUUGCUAUCAACUAUUGUUUCUGUUUUGUUUUGUUAUUUUCUUUCGCUUACCAUGUUGUUUCUUGAAAUUUGAAAGACGGCAUAACACUUACAUUUGGGAUUUUUUUUUUUUUUUUUUUUUUGCUAUUUCUAAGUUGCGGUUUAUUUACAAUCAGUCGCCUUUGCUGAAAACCACGAUAGACCAAAUGAAUAUGUAUUAUAGAUCAUAACUCAAACUUAGUCGAUUAUUUACUCACAUAAUUUCAAAACUCGGCCAACAUAUGUAAAGCAUUUUUUUAUACAGUUUUCAAAGCUAUUUCGUAAUAACUUUUUUCUAGUUUAACGAGAACUGCUCACAAGCAUUUUGCUAGAAUUUAAACCAUUUCAUUAUGCAUUUUAAAUAAUGACGAUGCGUUAACGACACUAUAGAAUAAUUUCGCUUAUUUCAUCUAAGACUGCGUUAGAUUUUUAACAAUUUUAACACAAAAAAAGCUUGAAUUUCCGAAAAUAAUCAUUCAGUAACGUAUGCAUUAAGCUUAAAACACUUUUAUACAUAAAGGUCUGUCUGUUUCUCUCCCUUAUGCUAUUGUUGUGGUAAGUCGAUAAUUUGAAUCUAACACUUACUGAAUUCCGAAGGGAUCUUAAUAACACUGAAAUAAAGAUUAAAAAAUCGAAA